GUGAAGUCUAGUUAAAGUCUAGUUAAUUGCAAAAUUUUGAAACGACGUCCAAAAAUUUCUGGCAACGGUUCGCCGUCGUCUGCGGUAGAGCAAAUCUUUGAAAUUGCUUCAAAUAUCAGCAGUUAUCUCUAUCUGCCGCCUUCAACGGUUUUCCUAUCUCUUUUUCCUUUGGAGUAUUUGCCGCAUUCAGAGUGGAAAAAUGAUUGGAUCUCUUUUCACUAGAGGACUUGUGAUGGUUCUUGGCUAUGCAUACCCUGCAUAUGAAUGCUAUAAAUCUAUGGAGCUGAAUAAGCCUGACAUCGAGCAACUUCGCUUUUGGUGCCAAUACUGGGUCUUAGUGGCGGGCUUGACAGUAUUUGAAAGAAUUGGUGAUACAUUUAUUGGCUGGGUUCCCAUGUAUGGUGAAGCUAAGUUAGCCUUCUUUAUAUAUCUGUGGUAUCCUAAAACUAAGGGAACAACAUAUGUUUAUGAUUCGUUCUUUCGGCCUUAUGUUGCAAAACAUGAGACAGAAAUUGAUCGUAGUUUGUUAGAAAUGAAGACAAGAGCAGGGGACUUGGCAUUUAUGUACUGGCAAAAGUCGGCAAGUUAUGUCCAGACCAGAGUUUUUGAUAUUUUGCAGUUUGUUGCUGCACAAUCAACCCCCAAACGAUCGGCUCAGCCUUCACAGCAGGAAUCCAAAGUCUUGAAACCCACUACACCAUCGGCUCGUGUAGCAGAUGUCACAACACAACCCCAAAAUGAACAGCUCUCUUCUCCGGCUUCCUCUACAUCUUCAAGCGAGCAAGAAGAGGAUGCAAUAGAUGCUGCAGAAUCUCCGGGCGAACCAAAAGCAGCUCCUGCUCCAGUAGUCUCGAAAGGACCAAAAGCAGCUCCGGCUCCAGCAGUCUCCAAAGGACCAAAAGCAGCUACUGCUCCAGCAGUCUCCAAAGGACCAAAAGCAACACUGAGUCAAGCCAUUGUGGCAUCGAGUUCCUCUAAAGAAGAGGCAAUGCAGAUCGAUUCUGUGAGUGAGACUACGCCUCCUACAAUACAAGAGACUGUUGUAUCAGAAGAAGCCUUACGAUCGCCGAAAACGAGAUUUAGGAAAACACGUGCUGCUGCUGUAUCAAAACGCUGAGCAAUUGUAGUCUGCAUGAUCUUAGGCGGGUGAUAAAUGCACAAUAGUCACUAGGUAACACAAAUUUCUUCAUUUUCUUCUUGCUAUAGUUGCAUUACUAACAUACAUUUUCGUGAUUAGUAUAUGAUGAUAAGUCUUCUGGUGGCUUCUUUUAGCUCGAAAUUUUAUUUUAUUAUUUGUAUUGCAGUAUAGUAGUGGUAACAAUAUAUUGUAUACAUGCAUUGAUAAAUUGAGGAUGAUGAGUGAGUGUGGACUAUGUUUCUAUAUUCAUUAA